AACUUCCUAAAUUUGAUAAUUGAAGUCGCACAGCCGCAGUGUUAGCGCUGAAAGCGCGACGACAAGAGUCGUGUCGCCGUGUUUUUUACUGCUGAAAAACCCUGACUUAAGAAAAAAGGACAUCCUCUCUCCAUAUCCAACUCGUUUUGUCAUAUUUAAGGUAAUCUUACUAUGAUCUUUCACGCUCAUAACACAAAUUUAAGCAAAUUGAGUUAUUAAAUUCUAGCUAAACGUCUCCCUGCUAAGAACGACAUUCGUGUUUUCUCUCAACUAUUCAUCGAUUUAAAUCAAGAGAUCGUUAUAGUCGACCUGAAGAAAUCGAAGUUCGCGAAGUAAGAGAAGCGGAUCAAAUCCGAGUAAACCAACGGGAGCAUAGACGAGUCUUCGUCGGGUAAAAGGCACCGAAUCUACUGAUAAUCGCGUAACGCUCCGCGAUUUCACGGCGCGUUUGAGCUUCAUAGUUCUUUCAAGAUCGGGUCUAAAGAUCCAGGUCUUCAGAUGCGUGACCGUCGCUCUGUUCUAUUCAGAAGUCGAGAGCAAAGGUGAUUUUAAAUGUGGUGCAUGAAGUCUUUUUUCAUGGAUGUCGGUUAUGGAACACGGGCGUGAAACCUUGAAGAAGGCAGAGCAAUGAAGCUCUGCGACGUGCAGCAGACCAAUGAGCCGGUAAGGCGUCGUCGACAUUUGCGAUAGAGACAGCAGAAACUACUGUCGCGAAAGUUUCAGGGACAGUAGCCAAGCGACGCGGUUUACAUACGAAAUUUUUGCGAAAUCGACCUUCCAAAUUUUGCAGAUCUGGUCUAUUUCCAUUGCGAAUCUUUCACGUAACCGCGAUGUUCCAAACGCACGACUGUUCCCUUCUUCUGUGGAUACGAGAAUUUGGAUGGAGGAAUACCUGGAUUAUAUAUAUUUGAUCCCAUUCUAUCUUCAACAUUGAAUAUCAUCGUAAUCACGGCUCAAAUCACAUUCCGCUGACUUAAAGUCGGCCUAAAAUUCCCUGAAGAACAAGAUAGCCGCUCAUUUUGACAACUCCAGAGUUGCGUUCCCCGACAUUUCGCGCUACUUUGAAUCUUCCGUUUCAACCGCGACUUUGACGGCAGCCCGAUGAAUUUCGCGAUGCAACCAAUUUUCCAGACGAAAUUUUAGGAUACGAAUUUGAUUCAGAAAGAUCAAAGAAAGAAUCGGAAUCUGCUCCAAAAGUCGACUAAGGAGCCAAACAUUCCCCCAAUUAUCAUCGCACUCUUCAGGCUUUUCGUCUGAGAACUCGACGUCGCUCGACCCUUCGUGUUCGACCUGGCCGCGACCUGCUGAUCGAUCCGGCCCUGUGUACACUCUUCUCGAGCGAGCCCGAAGGAGUACCAUCGUCACAAAUGGCGGCACCGUCGUCUCCCCACCAGAAUCGUCACGGUGGGAAAAACUGUACACCGGCACUUCGCUACGGCGCGCACACAGUCGCACACCGAGGUCUGACUCGCGAGAAGCACGAGCUGGCAAUUUCCCGGCGCGUUGCGUUGCAUUGCGUUGCGGUGCGGUGCGGUGCGGUGCGGUGCGGCGCGGCGCUCACGCGGCUCCCGUCCCCGGUGCCCCACACCCCCCGGCGGCGGCCACGCUGCCGUCACCGUUUUCCUUUCCUUUCGCGAACCGAAGCGGGGGCCGCUCCCCUGUCCCCGUUCCGUUCUGUUCUGUUCCAUCCACGCUGGAGAACGAGCGCUCUCGCGGGGAACGGCACUCGCUCGAGAGAGAGAGAGAGAGAGAGAGAGAGAAGUCGCCGCCCGUCCGUCCGCCCAUCCGUCUGUCUGUCUGUCUGUCUAUUCUCGCGUUCGCGAGCGGUGCGACUUGAUAUAGCGAGCUCUCGCCACGAAGAGCGAAGGUGUCCAAGUGAAGUUCGUAGCUUCGAGAUUCGUUCGGUAGCGUGAAGUGAGUGAGAAUUCUCGACCGCGGGUGGCCCAGUGUGGCAGAGACAGAGACAGAGAGGAAGAAACAGAGAGAAAGAGGAAGAGAGAGAGAAACGGAGAAAGAAAGCGAGAAAGAGAGGAGAACGACGACGUGCUGAGGUGUCGUUGACGUUUCGUGUGUCAGUGUCCUCUCCCUGUCUCUCUCCAGCUGACUGUUGCUGUGUUGCUCUCCAUCUCUCUUUCUUUCUCUUUCUCUCUACUCUACUCUACUCUCUUUCUCUCGCUCGUUCCGACCUUCGUGGAGUGCUCAUGAGAAUGCGGUUGCCCAAGGCGUCCAAGGGGGGCGCCCUAAGGAGACCCUAAGGGUUACUCCAAGCGACUGCUCGCCUCGGCCCAGUGUGUACCGUAUCCUCACAGACGCCGUCCAACUACUGUACACCGAUAUAUCGCAAAAAAUCCCUAGGUCCCUAUAAUUCCUCCCUUGACAGACACGCAUAUCCCUAUAGAUAACAUAUCCCUAUAGCCCUAUAGCCUUUAACAUAUCCCUGAACUCUUAUAGCCUGUCAGGAUCAUAUGAUCGUUUUUUUCGCAGACACGCCGAACGUUCCUAUCACAGUCGCUGCAGUUGCGACUAGAUCCUUCGCUCAACUAUUCUCCUUGUCGUAGUGAAUCCCGUGUUAUUCACAGCGUAUAUAACCGCACAGUGACGCUCGAUAUUAUUACUUCAUAUCCCUUUUAAUCAUUUCCUUUUCCUUCCUUCUGUAUCUCAGUUCUCUUCUUUUAAUCUCGCUUCCUUGAUAUCCCGAUGAAACCCAAAGUGAUUUCCCCGACACAAUUCGUAUUUUAGUCCCUUCAUAGUUUCCACGCGACUACAACCCCUACAGUCGUCCUUUCGCUCCCUCUUGUGGUUCUCCCUUUCCUCCCUUUCCGUUCCGAUACUCUGUGCUUACCCCAGCGCGAAGAUCCCGAGACGGUCGGUGAUCACCCCAGCGCACUUCGCCCCUCCGUUUUUCAACCGACUACAAUUGAUCAUCGUUCUCUUCCUCUAUUCAUCGUCUCCCUUCCUUUUCGUUUUCCCGACCUCCGGUAUCGCCCUCCGAGGGUGACCGCCGCCGUCGCGUUCGACAAGAAGCGGAAGUUCCCGAGAGAAAAUAAAGGGGAAAAGCGCAGACAAGAGAGAAGGAAUCCUCUCGGCGUCGCUCGGUGAAACGUCGUCGCGUUCCUCGGCGUCGUGGCGCGAUGCCGGAUGACAGGUGCCAGGAGCGGCCACCGGUAGAGUCCCACGGGGGUCCCGUCAGGCCGACGGGGCCCGGCGCAGAAUGACGAGCGCGGGCUCGCGCUGCUGCCGGAAGCACCGCGACCAGGAGGAGCGACGGGAACCAGAACAACGGCGACCGCGACGGCGAAGACGACGACGACGAGGAGGACAAGCGAGCGAGCGGGCCCGGGUCCCUCUAGCGCGAGCGGGGGGCUAUGAGCGCUGACAAUGGGGACGACUCCUUGCCGCAGCUGCCGACGAACGUCCGGGACACGCACCGGCUCACAAUGAUACGCUCCUGCAACUCGCGGCGAUCGCGCGCAAACGUCGUCAUCGUCAUCGUCGAGGCGUAACGCGACGUCGACGAUUUAGUGCGCCGGCGACUCGCGUGGCGACAGCUUGACGUAUCGGAGGUUCCGGAGGGAAGUCGUCGAGAGACGGGACGGUCGUGAAGAAGACGAAGAAGCGACAGAAGGGAAAAGGGAAGACGAGGAAGAAUAAGAACUAGUGAGAACGACCAAACAGAAGAAGAAAACGCAACAGACAGAUCGAGAGAGAAAGAGAGCGGCUUCGCGAAGAAAGAACUAACCUGAGGGCGCACAGGGUUCGGAAAGGGGACGAAGAGGGACGAAGAGGGAGGAAGAGGGGGAGAAGGGCAGCUGCGGACGGACGUGGAUCCACACGUGGAUGCUGUGGCCGGUGUUGGGGGGGGAUGACGGGCUGAGCCCAGCAGCGUCGCCCACACCAGCGACGACCGGCGCUGCCCCCGUCAAAGGGGUGAACAAACUGACCCCCUUGCUACUCUGCGCCCCUUGCAAGCCCAGCGGCCACCGGAAGAGCCAGAGCUCCACCCAGUGGUACGUGCAACAGCCCACGUGGCGUUUAUGGGGCGAGGAAAGGGGCGACGGCGUCAUAUAUACGGUGUACCUGAAGAAGGUCCGAUACCAUCGGCCAACGAGGAGCCUCUCGGCAUCGGAUUCCGACGACGAAAUCUCGCAUUUGGAAUGGGAAACGGUGAGGGUGCGAUUCUUGAAAGCCGGCACGGUGCAGCGGCUGGUCGAGAGCCUGGCGAACGACGAUGGCGAGCUGGAGUCGACGUACAUAAAUGUCUUCUUGGCGACGUAUCGGGCCUUUACGACCCCGCGCGACGUGUUGGAGCUGCUACUUGCCAGGUACGACGCCUUGGACGAUAGCACCGGCUGCGAGCAGCACCGCAAGACCCUCGUUCAAGCCCUGCAUGUCUGGUUGGACGCUUACCCGGGCGACUGGAAGUCGCCCCCCAACCAUCCCCUGCUCACCAGGCUCUUGGACUUCACGCACCGGCACCUGCUCGGCUCCGAAUUGGAACUUAAGGCCAGACACCGGCUGCACAGGUUCCAGCGAGAGGAUCAACUGGACUCCUGCAUGGUCUACGACAAUGGUCGGCUACCUAUGCGCGGCUCCCCGGAUCCGAUGUCGGAUCACUGGGUGAGCUACAUCUUCCCCGAGGUGCCGCAGCGUCACUUCGCCGAGCAGCUGACGCGGAUGGACGCGGAAGUGUUCAAGAAACUGGUCGCCCAUCAGUGUCUCGGCGCCGUGUGGUCCAGGAAGGACCGCUCGAGAAGCCACGACGCCGCGACAGUGUUGGCGACCGUGAACCAGUUCAACGCGGUUUCCCUGCGCGUCAUCUCAACCAUCCUAACGGACACGACGCUCAAGUCUCAGGAGCGCGCGCGAAUCCUCGAGACGUGGAUCGACAUCGCGCAAGAGCUGCGCGUGCUCAAGAACUUCAGCAGCCUGAAGGCGAUCGUGUCCGGCCUACAAAGCAAUCCGGUUUACCGGCUGGAGAAGUGUUGGCAGUGUAUGCCGCGUGAAAAGCACGAGCUGUUUCGCGAGCUCGAGAGAAUAUUCUCGGAGGAGAACAACGCCUGGACCCAGCGGGAGCUCCUCAUCAAAGAAGGCACCGCCAAGUUCGCCGACACCGCCGGCAGGAGUGAUCGGCAUCUGCAGAAGCUCUUUCAGAAGCAAAAUACUCACGCGGGCAACAUCAGUUACGGCACGAUACCGUACUUAGGCACGUUCCUGACUGACCUGACGAUGAUCGACACGGCGAUACCGGACACGAUAGCCGACGGCCUCAUCAACUUCGAUAAGAGACGCAAGGAGUUCGAGGUCCUCGCGAGGAUACGGCUUCUGCAAGGCGCGGCGAACGCGUACAACUUUAGCACGGACCCUGUGUUCGACCGCUGGUUCCAUUCCGUGCUGGUACUGGACGAUCGGGAAGCUUACAAAUUGAGCUGCCAGAUCGAACCACCGCCAGCGGGCAACACUCUCAAUAACCGAAAGAAGAAGCAGGGUCAAGGCCACCGUAAGAAUGACUCGAUCGCGUCAACGUCCAGCUCCAGCAGCUCGCAGUUCUACUGCGACCUGGACUCCCUACCGAGCUCGCCGCACAACUCGCUGGACCGGCGCACGUCGCCCUCGCAGAUGUCCAGCUCGUCUUCGAGCUCAUCUUUGCCCUCUUUGGACGUGUCUUUGAGCUCUGGCGGUGGCGGUGGCGGCGGCGGCGGCAACAGCAGCGGUAACCAUCAGACUCGACUGGCACCCCCGUCGGCGGGUGCCGUCGCAGCUAACGGCAGCACGCCCAACCUGGCCGGCCUGUCGAGCCCCAGCCACUCGCACAAGAGCUCACCGGACUUCUAUAUCAUCAAAGUCACGAUGGAGAGCGACAACGUGGAGACGGACGGCGUGGUGCUGUACAAGUCGAUAAUGCUGUCGAACAACGAACGCACGCCGCAAGUGAUCCGCAACGCGAUGCUGAAACUCUGCCUCGAGGGUAGUCCUGACCAGUACACCUUGGCCCAGGUGUUACCCGACCGCGAAAUGGUGCUGCCCAACUCGGCUAACGUCUACUACGCUGUAAAUACCGCGCACAACCUCAACUUCAUACUGCGACCGAGGCGGGAGCCGAACGACGCGAUGUCCGACAGUCCCAGGAGCAAAGGCAGUCACAAACGGUAGUCCCAAAUUUUCGCCUGACGUCCUAAAGAAGCCGCGGAUGUGCGCGUCGGCUGAUCACCGGAAGUCUGCUCGACGCGAUAUAGGAGAGAGACUAAAUUCCGGACAAUCGCGAAUAAUGACGCGACAAUUUGGACGCGAAACGAGAGUGCGAUUCGGUGUUCUGUGAGAAAGACUGAGGAAGAGAGAAGAAGAGAGAAGGAAAGAGAGAUCGAGGGUUGAGAUCGAGGUGAUUGCGAUGCGAACGCGAUGUGUGAAUGGUGUGUACUCUUUGGUGAUGAAUCUGAUAUUAAUGCUGCAAUUCUAAACAGAAUCGUAAGAUUCGUAACUUAUUCUUGCAAAAUUCGUAAGAACUUAUAAACAGAUCUACAAUUCUAUGUAUAUCGUACGAUCACUCGUAAAUAUCUACGAUUUCACAUAAUUUAAGAUAUUUACAAGUAAUUGUACAACAUAUGGUAUGCAUAGAAAUGUAGAUCUACUGAUAAGUCCUCAUGGAUUUUAUGGGAACAAGUUACGAGACUUACGGUUCUGUAGAAUUGUGGCAUAAGUUACGAUACUAUGUAACAUAGUACUUUAAGCGCUCAUCAACUGUUAAUUUGUUCAUAUUCAAUUGUUAAUCAAUCGACUGUUGGUCCUUCUUUUGAGGAAAAACUAAACGAGUCGCUCAACGUUACGCCAUCAUCUAGCGAUAUCGAUGGCAAAAUAUCGUAUUAAUUACUCAUAUUAAUCAUGGCAGUGCUGUGAAAGUCUCGCCGGUGAAACAGACCGAUUAUGUAACAUUGUAUUAUAAUAUCACAGUAUUCAAUGUUAGAUUCACAGCAAUACGUUUCAUUACGAUAAAAAGAAGACAAUUAUUUAUUCAGCUGCUUUCACAUACACGAUUACGAAGAAGUCAAUUCUCGCGCUGUCAAUCGUCGCAAUCACCUCAAUCGCACGCAUACACCAAGCUUCAAUCAAGCCUGACAUUCAUCAGGUUCCAAGGCUUGCUGAUAAUCUCUAGUCAUUCGCAAAUCGUCUGGAUGCAAAACACAAUGCGAUAUGAUACGUCAAGAUGACAAAACGGCUGAGUAAUCAGCAGUCAUUUGAUUAUUUAGUCGACGUGAACGACUGGAAGCUAUUAGCAGGCUUGAGCCGCUGAAUGCUUUUCGGAGCUUCAUUGAAGUCGAGCAACGUUAAGCACGGCCGAAGAGAGCAAAGCGGCGGGAGACUCGGGAUCUCGCGUUAAUAUCGUUUAAGGCCACCAUGACAACUCGGCUGUCUCCAGCGCGCGACGACGACAACGACGACGACGAGUGCGUGAUCGUGCGACCAAGCCGAGAUAUGAUUAAGCUCGUUUACACUCGUACGACCGGAAGUGCGUAUACGGACGUACGCAGGCACACAGGCGGGCAGACACACGCAAAAAGUACACACAUACACACAUACACACAUACUCGUGCACUCACACGCGAGCACUCACACGCACGACUCCGUAUUCGGACUCGACACGGUUGCGCAAUCGAGCGGAGCUGUUCCAAGAGUUAUAGCUAGGCGCGUCCAGCGUGAGUCACGCGCGAGGUUCUUAUCGGCUCCAUUGUGACGCAAACGCAGCAGGGAGCGCGGGAGUUUUCCUCGUGGGUUCGUAUUUAGCGUCAGAGUUGUCCGCCUGACGUUGCGCGAGCGAUCGAUCGGCCGGAGUAUCGAUCGAGACCGGGGAAUGAGGUAAUCCGCGGAUUCGCGAUGAUGACAUGCUCUUCUUUCGCAAUUGCCGCGCGAAACAGGCGCUCGAAUUUCAGCGCUGUGACAAGCGCGGACGCAAAAGAGAGCGAACCAUUUGUGUCCGAGAAUGCGCCACACGUAAUGACAUUGUAAUGAUUAAUCAGAUGAUGCUCUAAGACGGUGAUUGUAGCGAUCAAUGUAAUCAGGGCUUGCCGUUUCUAUUUGGUGUUGAUCCGCGAAAGAGUUGCGUUGAAGCGUCAAGUCGACCCACGCACGUCAAGUCGCGGAGUAAUAUUUGCUCGACAUGAAAAUCACGUCCACGAUGAUAUUACGAAAUGAUAAUAGUACGUUGCAACCACGUUUGAUGAUGGUUCGAGAUUGUCCCCUCUCGCGCUCAUAACACACGUGAUGAGCACGCGUUCAUUAGUCGUUAAGUAUGGGUCGAGCGUUUGCGACGGAAGAACCUCGCGCGUGUGCGUGUAAUAUACAUGUGUCUCGCGACGUAACGAGAUUAUAGAUUAGAAGGAAGAAGAGAAUUAACGGGACAAGCGAGAGCGAGCGAGCGACCCGUCGUCAAACGGGUCGUUGUGAUUUUUGUAAAUAAUUGUAAUUGCGUAGAGCGCGUGGCGAACUCGACCAAGAAACGGGCCCACCGCCCCUCCCAAACGGGCCCUGGCGAAAAAAUUGUCAAUUAUUAUUGUUAUUGUCUCUCCUCUCUCGUGCUAGAAAGUGAGAUCUCCGAGAAAUUAUUGAGGCCGCCUCGUCCCGACAUUCAGGCCCGUAUUAAUAAUCAUCAUCUGAAGCUCGUCUCAUAUGAGACGAGAGAGAUAUCAGUCCCGUAUUAAUAGUCGUUAUUUGAGACUCUUCUCAAGUGAGAUACUCAGAUUUGAGUUCAGGAUGAGAGCUCAGUCAAAUCGCAAUUACAGAGAUACAAUGUAUCGUAUAAUUGGACUGAAAAAUCUGGGUAUAAUUCGAAGUAAAGGUCCAAGUAUCUCAAGCUUCAAGCAACGACUACUUUAUACGUCCCUGAGAUUUUCACUCAGAGUCCAAGUUUUUCGAAUUACGAUAUGUGAUUUAAUUAAAAAAACUUUCGUCCAAAAAAAUCAAGUCUGAAGUCAAGUCUGAGAGUCUCGCUUGAGACGAGUCUCAAAUAAUAUAACUUUAUUGAUACGAGCUUCAGUUCUUUCGAUCGCGAAUUUGUUCACGCGAGAGCAAAGCAAAAAUUCUGUGAUAGAGGAAUCUCCUUUCAUUUGUCGACUCCUCGCGACGAGAUCGAGAGAUUAACCGCGAGCGAGGUCGGGCGAGUCUGAUAAACAUUCUAUUACUUUUUUAACGGAAAUUAUGUUUAGCGCCGAAGGUGGUGGACUUUUCAUUUUGCUACGGAUACACAACGGGUAGGAAGAAAUAAUUAAUAGUUCUCUUGUUUUUGUUUUCUUCCAGUCGGUCGUUGAUUGUCUGUUACUCGAUUAUUUUGGCCCAGAGAAAUGUCAGGAGUGGAGAGGAAUAUUGAUUGUAAAAUUACGCUUUUCUCUCCGAUUUUUUUUCUAUUUUCUCGCCGAUUGCUUGUUAUUCGAACCGAGAUUAAAUAGCAAGAAGGCUGUCCGUGCAGACUUACAGGAUUUCGCGGGAAAUUGAUUAAAAACAAUACUCGAUUAGCGCAGAGAACCGACCCGACGGACCCGGCCGAUCAUUUCUCGUGACUGAAAAACAGGAAGCACAGAAGAACGAGGCGUGCAAUCUGCUCCUAUCUGUUUUUCCUCCUCAUCAAAAUACAUGCGGUGUUCACGAUACCGCGAUCGAUACUUUUUCAUCACUAUCGAGUGCUAAAUAACGAAUGACUCAUUCGUCGUAGAAAGAGCAGGUUCGCCCGGUUCUCUCGCACGCGGACCUCCUUUCAGUCGCGUCGAGUCAAAUCGAAUCAAAUCGGCGUGUUGAUCGACAUUCUUCACCGCACCGGCCGUGUUCUUCUCACACGUUUCAUACGUUUCUACGAAACUUCGCGCAAUUCUACUGACACGGUUGAGGAGAGAGCGAGAGAGAAGGCGUGCAAAAACAUGUGGUCGAGCAUCCCGACGACACUUAUUAGGUUGAAUAAGGUUUUCUCGGAAAUAUUAGUCUUACGCAAUUUUGUACUUAUUUCCGUCAAGUGUCCCUCCCCCCCCCUUUAUUUCCCGUGUCCCCCUUUCUGCCUUUUGUCCCUAUUUGUUUAAGUAGCUGUAUGUUCUCGUGUAAAUGCGUGCUCGCGCUCUCGAAGCCGUAGACGAGGGCCGCGAAACGCGACAACUAACUAUUACGUGUAGCGCGAUCCCGACAAGAAGUGAGAGAGAAUAGAUGGCCUACACUUUUA